AUGCUCCCUCUUUGUCUUCCCUUUGAAGCUGCGCUUAGACCGAUUCUGCUCAAGGGACACGAGAGGGCGCUCACGUUCUUGAAGUACAACAGAGAUGGCGAUCUGAUCUUCAGUGCCGCCAAGGAUCCCACCCCGUGCGUGUGGUUCUCCGACACCGGUGAGCGCCUCGGCACCUACAAGGGCCACACCGGGGAUAGCAAGCUUCUUCUCACUGCUUCCGCCGACACCACGGCCAAGCUUUGGAAUGUUGAGACCGGCGAGGAGCUCUUCUCCUGGUCUCACCGAGCACCCGUGAGGUGCGUCGCUUUUGCCAAGGGCGACCGCAAAUUCCUUGCGGUGACUGAUCCCUUCACCAAGCUGGCCUCGUCCAUCUACAUCUACAAGCUCGACCCCGAGAGGCCCGCCAAACAGAACCCGCUGCCCAUGCGGGAGAUCGUGGCUCCCACGCCCAGCGCGAAGAUCACACAAGCGCUGUGGGGACCCCUCAACAAAUACAUCAUCUACUCCAGCGAGGACUGCUCGGUGUACAUACACGAUCCUGAGAGCGGAGAGCUCCUGCACACAAUCACGGACCACCAGGCUCAGGUGAACUCCAUCGCCUUCUCGUGGGACGAGACCUACUUCAUCACAUCGUCGGAUGACCGUACCGCCAGGUUGUACGACAGCAAGACGUUCAAGCUGCUGAAGACGUUCGAGUCGGCCAAGCCCGUGAACUCGGCUGCGAUCUCGCCCAUCCUGGACCACGUCCUGCUGGGUGGUGGUCAGAAGGCGCACGGUGUGACCACCUCCGCCGUCGAGUCUGGCGGUUUCGAGGCCCGCAUCUACGACAUGAUUUUCGAGGAGGAGCUGGGCUCCAUCAAGGGCCACUUCGGUCCCAUCAACACCAUCUCCUACGCUCCCGACGGCAAGAGCUACACGAGCGGAAGUGAGGAUGGUUACAUGAGGAUCUACCACCUGGACAAGUUCUACUUCACCCUCGGCAGGGACUCUGUGGGCAACUUCCAGGACCAGCUCGACCUCGACGACUUCUAA